AUGGCCUCUGAUGAUCAAAGUUGGGUGGAUGCCCGCCGGAGCUUCAAGGGCGCCUACAGCGCGUGGCUGACAAAAGUAAAAGGCGAUGGUGCCAAGGCGCGGUGGUUUUCCAGCACGACGAAGAGAUACUUCACCAUCGACUUCAAUGCGCAGCUUUUCUUCUACGCGCACUCAGAAAGUGACAAGACCGUCUCUCAUCCAAUUCGCUUCAAGGAUAUAGUGGCAGCGGACCAGCUGCCAAUAUCCGACUCGAAGAGUGAUCACAUCUUUGGCUUCUCCGUGCUCACAGCGGAGAGGACAUACGAGCUCUUCACCAGCUCCUAUCAGGACGCGGAGGCCUGGGUCUGCGGACUGAACGCCGCGCGGGACAUUGCCACCGGCAAGCCGCCUGAAAGCCAGGCUGGUUCCUUGACGACGCCGGCCGGCCAGGAAUUCACCCGGUACUCCAACUCCACAUCAGCCUCAGACCAGAAUGGUGAUGCAGGCGCCGACGGCGACAAGCGCCGGCCGUGGGAGCCGCCACCCGUCGCGCCAAAGAGGUGGCCAGCUCCUGCAAGGGAGGUCCCGGAGGUCGCGGUCCCACCGCCUCCUCCUCCCGCAGCAGAGGAGGACCCCUUCGCCGCCCUGGAUGCCCUGGAGGAGCCUCACAUGUCAUGA